GCAGGUGCCCUUUCAACCGGAAGCACAGCGCCCUGGUUAAAUCCGAGAAGGCUGAAGAUCGCCUACUGCGGACGUGUUGAGACAUCUGAUGGCCGUGUAGGAGACAACGACAUCCUGCAACCAUGGCGGAGACACCAACCUCACCAACCUCACCAACCUCACCAACCGCCCUGUCAGAAGACUCUGAUGCCACCUAUCUGAGUUUUGCCAACCCCAACUACCAUUUUGAAGAUCGUCUCAACUCCAACCUGUCCAACAAUAACAACAACAACAACAGCCAGGAUGAAAACGUCAAUAGCGAGAACGACAAGAACCUUACCCUCACCGACACCAAGGUGACCCUGAACCGGAAGAAAUAUGCAAACAUGGACUUAUCCGACAUGGGCAUCAUCACCAGCCCUGUGAAACUCCUCUCCCCGGAUAAAACAUUCAUUCUGGAUAAGCUGAACUCGCCCGACAGCGAUGAGAACAGCGACGACGAGACGUAUGGGCGUCGCCACUUUGAUGAGACAGAUGACCUGCUGGAAGGGAGCGAGAUCAAGGAGGACGAUGAGGUCACCUGUUACACCAACAUCCCUGCCAAGCCAAAGGGGUUCAUGGGGUAUUACUCCCUUCUGGAGGCCAAAGCACGUGAGCGGCAGAACACACAAAUAGACAGUCCUGACAGUCAUGAUGAUGGCUUGGAUGUUGUGGAAGAUGAAGAAACCCCCCUGGAAGAAAAACCUCCUGAAGAAAAGUUCGAGGAGAGCACCAUGAUCAACUCCCCUGACUCCAAUGACAGUGGUAUCCAGUCGGACGCCCGCUCAGACGAUGGCGUGAGUCAUGUGUCGGGACCGGUCAAUGAGGAUGACCUUGAGGUGGACAAACCCCAGAAAGAUUCUUCAGAGGAGGAGGCAAGCACAGAGGAGUCUGGUACCAGUGAGUCGGAAGAAAGCAGCUCUGAGAUCUUGCCCCCUGGCUGGGAAAAAUGUGAAGAUGACGAUGGGGCCUACUACUGGCAUAUCAAGAGUGGAACCAUUCAGCGUGACCCACCUUCACCUUUGACCCCAGAGCAAACAACACUGAGAUCCAUCUCCAUUGCAAGUGAAUCGAGCACUCUGGGAACCAGCAGCUCCAUCCCCUCCACCCCUACCAGCAUCACCUCCAACACUGAGGAGCACCUGCAGGAGUUUGAGGGCCACGCCUUGCAGUACGCCGCCAAGUCCCUGCAGUCUCUGUGCUCCCCUCUGGAGAGGAAAGAAGGUCUGCCUGAUGAACUCGAAGAGAAACCGAUCCGAUUUGCGGUGAGGUCAUUAGGUUGGGUGGGAAUUGCAGAAGAAGACCUGACUCCAGAAAGAAGCAGCAAGGCUGUCAACAAAUGUAUUGUUGAUCUCUCCCUCGGGAGAAACGAUAUUAACGAUGUUGUUGGAAGAUGGGGAGAUGGCAAAGACCUGUUCAUGGACUUGGACAGCACCAGCCUACGCCUAUUGGACACCCAGGACUUCAGCCUCCUCAACUGUCAGCCUAUCCACUCCAUCCGAGUGUGGGGGGUCGGGCGGGAUAAUGGGAGGGAAAGAGAUUUUGCGUAUGUUGCGCGGGAUAAGAUGAGCCGCCGCCACAUGUGCCACGUGUUCCGCUGCGACACCCCAGCGCGGCAGAUCGCCAACACGCUGCGGGACAUCUGCAAGAAGAUCAUGGUGGAGAGGACAGCUAUGCAGAGACUCAGCAGGCCCACAGACCUGCCCAACUUGGAGAAGACCAACCAGCCAAAUGGACAGAAGCUGUCCUUCCAGAGUCUUUAUUCCAAUGCAUCGUUCCCCACCCCGAUGGAGGAACCCAAAAAGAACAUCCGGUGCCACUACCUUGGCCAGAUGGAGGUUGGCAGAGCCACAGGUACCACGGAUUCUACGAGACGUAUGGACACCUUGAAUGAAGCGAUAGAGCGAGCUUACCGCAAGGUGCCCCCUGAGCGAUGGCUGUUUGUCAAUGUUGCUAUAGCACCCUCAACACUCACCAUCUCGGAACAUGGGAGACCCGAGAAUAAGAUUGAUGAAUGUCGUGUCCGCUUCCUAUCCUUCAUGGGUAUUGCUAUGAACAACGUCAAAUUGUGUGCGUUCAUUAUGCACAAUGCGCAGGAUGACUUCUACGCCCAUGUAUUCCACUGUGAGCCCUCAGCUGGCCCUCUUUGUAAAACCAUUGAAGCUGCUUGCAAGCUCCGUUACCAGAAGUGUCUGGAUGCACAUCCGCAGACACCAAAGACGCCAUCACAGGGAGGAAAGGGACUAGGGGCAACCUUAAAGGCUGGAGUUAAGGCCAGUGUGACAAGUGUUCAAAAUGUCAUCGGAAUUCUUAAAAGCAAGCGAGCAGGACAGUGCUGAGGUUGUUGUCUAGAAUAUUGGCUCCACUCUCAAAAACGGUAUGCAGUCAGUCCUUGGGUCGAUUGCACAGCUGACGUCACCCAAAUGAGGGGAUGUUAGCAUGGAGAUGUCGAGGCCCCAUUGCAUGGAGAGAGGGCUGGAAAAACAAUAUAAUGAUGAAUCUCGUCACCAGAUUCUGCUGAGAACAACAAUGUUCACAUAGCCUUUCACUUAUGACAGCACCUCGUGUAGAGACUGGCGGCAAACCCUCCCAGUUUGAUAUCAGCUGAGCACACCUGUUUAUGUUGAACCAAUCAUUGUUGUUUCAAUCCAUUUCUUACUACAUCAAUGGUGAUCUUGCCCAAAAUUAUUUAUUUCAGUUGUAGUUUUUUGGAUAGAAGCUUUUGACAUAGGCGAUAUGCAUGUAUGAAAAGUAAUAGACAGCUGUCAAUUUGUGUCGGGUAGGACCAUUUUGCUGAUAUGAAACUUACAUGUUUGUACAUUUGAUAAUGGUUGGUUAAUACACUACUGAUUAUGAUUGGUUGAAAUGUGAAUGUGUGAGCUGUCAAUCAGGAUGAUUGGCAGAUAUACGUGAUAUUUGUAUUGUUGAAAUGAGCUUGUUCUUUUCUCGUGACCAAGAUUUAUAGAUGUGCAUCACUGCAAAUGUUGCAAUUGACAAGUGUGUAUUUAUGAAAUCAGUGUCUCCGUUUACACCUGCAUAUUGUGGUCUACAUACAUCAUUGGUUCUUCACAAUCACAUGGACUGUUUAUGUGUAUGUACAGCAAGUCAAAGUCACGUUCUGAAGGAUAUACAGUGAAACCUUGAUUGUCCGAACCUCUUAAUCCGGAAACCCCACCUCACACCAGGGAACAGUAACAUUUAUACAAAGGGACAUAACUCAGUGACCAUCAUUCUUUAAUCAUGAAAUUUGAUUAUCUCGACAUUUUCAUUGGGAACACUCCUCCAUUGAUUAGUUCACUGUAUCGAAAUCUAGACACCUGUUUAACUUGCCGUGGCCUACACCAACUUACAUGUAAAGUGUAAUUAGAACUCGUUCAUUUGACCAUCUGUACCACUGGUAUUGACUUACAUUAAGCUAAAAGUCAAGUUGAUGUAUGUGUUGUUAGACACUAGUACAAGUUAGUUGUUAUAAUUUAUGUAUAUUAUUGACCAUAUUAGAAUUGACACAUAUUUUGCAAUCUGUUUUACAAUGUUUAGAAACAAAAUGGCUAAACUAACUAGAGAAUGUGAUAAUACCUUAUUUGUUGUUUUAGAGCUGAAAACCAAUUUAUGAUGCCUUCGUCAUAUUAAAACAACUUUUAGUUUGUGUGAUUUUAAAACAUGGCAUAUUAUUACUAGCCUCACCAACAUAAAUGGCUGUCACCUAUAUUUGUAAGUUAAAGCAAUACACAUAUGUAGAAUAACACUGCACUUAGGGAUACUUGUGUUACAGGACAUUUUGAGAUGUGGUCAAUGUUUUGAUUCCACAGCAAGAUAAGAUUACAAAGGAGAGACAAAGUUGAUUUUGAUUGUAUAUAUACCAGUCUUAUAAUUCAAGGCAGUGUAAUUGUAAAUGUUUGGAAAAUUGUGCCAUGGAAACAUGGCAGUUCUAGUGCUACAGUAACCCAAAGAUUCUACAUAUUGCCCGAGGUUAGGAAUGGGCUUGUGCAAUGAUAGGUUGGGAGCCAUUGUGAAUAAGGAUCAGUGCAUUUACGAUACAACUUUGUGGUUGGUGUUAAGAUAGGUCAGGUUUUCAUGCUAUUGAACAGGGUAGAAACACACCACAGGGACACAUUUGUUAUUUUAAAUUGCCGGUACCCAUGUAUUUGGGCCGGACAUUGAAUCACUCCCAUCAGCUUACAAACCAUUGCAUUAAGAUUCCCGAUAUAAAAGGUGCUUUAAAAUACAACAGUUGAGCUUUUGUGAGAAACAGUACCAUGUAUAUGACAAAUUAACGACUAAGUUUGUCAUAAAUGUGAUAUACAGUUGAAUAUUGCAUAGAUAAUUUCAACACCUUAGUCUGUUUUUGUUAGUGUUGUAAUUCUCUGACUUACACCAUUGGAUAUAAAUGGAUUUGAUGUUUUGUUUUGUUUUUAGCCAUUUUUUUAUGGGGAUAUUAUAACCAGGUUUUCGUGGAAAGACAGUUGAAUUAUAAUUGAUAUGUUUGUAUAAUUUCACUGGUACUGCCAUUCAUCAAAACUAUUUUGGUUUUAUUCACAUAAUUUUUUUCCUGCUGAUAUAGUUGAAGAAAAUAUUUUGUUCAUCAAAUCAAAACUGAAAUACAGUGUGUGUAUAUAUAAUAUUAGUUACUGCUGGCAUAUUCUGUAGUUGUGGAAAAUAAUAAUUAUGAUGAAUCAGAAUGUAUCAUUUCCAUUUUUCUGUUAAAGAAAAAAGAUUUUUUCUCAUAAUGUGUAAGAGAUCUCGCAAGCAUUCAUCACUGCAUUUUUAUUAGUUACAAAUUUUAUGCUUUUAGUACUUUUAUUUUGAGUAAAUUUUUACAUCUUUUUUUAAAAAUAUACAUUAUUUUGGUUCUUUGAAAUCGACAUAUCAAUGUUCUAUGUUUAAAAUGUAUAUUCCGUCUUUGUUACAGAAUUUUUUUCAAAGCAAAAAUAUAUCAAGUACUGUUCUGUAAGGUUCUUUGAAAAUAGAAUUCCUUAAAAUUAUGUCUGAGCUGUUCAAAUUCAAAAAUAUGAUUACAUCUUGACAAUGUUGUAAAUUAUAUUCAAAUCAAAACAACUUGUAGAAUCAAAUAUGUCUCAAUUAACUGUUACUAGCUUUGCAUAAUGAUACAUAAUCAAUAUUUGGUGUUGCUGUUGUCUGACUGUUAUUACAGUGCUGUGAAAAUAGAUUUAUUGAUCUUGAUCAUUUGUAAUUGAAGUUGUUCCUCAAAAGUUAUAUUUCUAUAUAAGGGCAGUUGAGUUAAUUUUUCUGGUUUACAGAUUUCUGUGGUAGAUUUUACCAAACUGAACUAAAAGGAAGUUUUUUUCAGGACUGAGGUUAUUAUUUUUUUUAAUUUCUUCAAAUGAAAGUUUUUACAUAUUAUAUAAAGCAAAAAAGCACUUUCAUGAGAUGAACUCGUCCAUAAAAGAAGAAAAAUUAAUUUGGCCUGGCCCAAAAGGCAUAUUCUCCAACAUGCAGUUUGUGAUACUUGUAACAGCAUUAAGGAUUGUAAGGACUAUCGUGGCUGAUAGAGGAACCUGCUUCAUGAGUGAUUAAUUUACAUAACCAGAUCUCUAUUAAAUGAAUUGGCAAUGGAACAUGCUAUCAAAACAAAAUACCAAAACACUGUGGAUAAAUAAAAACAAAAAUUCAAUGGAGAAUACUUUCAUUUGGCGGCGUUACCAUUUUUCUGUAGGACUCCAUGCUGGGUUGUCCAGUGAUGCUGUGGAGCUCUAUAAAAUAGAACAGCCGCAUUUGCAGUGUGUGACAGAGCCAGCUAUAUUCGAUAUGUAUAGGUUGAUGAAGACUUUACUGGCAUUGAAAUUACUAACAUUUCCUGAUUUGAUUAUCAUGAAUCAUAUAUGUCUCCUUGCAUCUUCAUGCAGCCAUGCAUAAAUUGUUUUUUUCUGAGCUUUAUCUCUUUCCUGAUUGUCUUGUCUUGUCAUUGUUUUGUGUAAAUGUUAGCAAAUUAAUAAGAAAAUGAACCCUACCCUCUCAUGCUAACUUACAAUGAGUGAGCAUGCGUUUGAGAGGGACAUUGUUUAAAUUUUGAAUUUAAUUUCAUCAAACCAAGUGUAUGUAAAAACUCCAGAAUAUAACUGGUAUUCAAAGGCUAAAAGAACUUUGGAGAAUUGAAUUUAAAAGAAUACAUUUGACACCUUUGGAAUUUAAUUUAUGGAAUUGAAACAAUUAUACAAAUAAGAAAAUUAUGGCCCUUUUUCUGAGCAAAUGUUUUUCCUUUAAUGAUAUUCUGUAAAUUAACUGUCUUGAUGAAUAAGAUGACUAAAUCUAAUUGAAUUUUUAAAAUGCUCGAAUAUGGAAUUUCUUAAAAUUUUGACUCUGCCCCCUUUGAUCACAGUGGCCUUAACACUCAUUUUCUUCUUUUUUCGAUUGUCAGAUGUCUCGUCUAAAAGCUGUAAUUUGAAUCAAGUUGCUAAAUGGAUGAGCCAGCUUGGCCUAUGGCUGUAUGGUGUAUAUCAACAACAGAUGGUCUAGUGUGGAGGUCUGUUUAGCAGGUUGAUCCUUGCUUGUGAUCAUCCCUUGUGCAGCAUACAUCCUCAUACUUGUGCAUAGGUGUUUUACAUUUUAUUUAAAUUUAUGCACAUAAUAAAUAUGUUAAUAACUAUCAUGAUCAAAAUUCAUAUGUAGAUCAUAUUCGAAUAUCGGUCGGAAAUGUGCACUUUGUCUUUAAGUACUUUACAACCUUGGACUUACUUUGCUCAAAAUUUACCAUUCCUUCGUAUGGCCUAUUUUCCCCACCUUUGCUCAAGAUGUUUCAGUGAUGACUUAGGCACAAGCACCGACUUGUGAAUUAUUAUUAAGUUAUGUGUUUCACCUGUCCUUGACAUUGUCUCAUGUUCUGUGUCCUCUCAAAGCAAUAAUACGAUAUUUGCUGCAGAAGGGAUGUCGAUGUCAGGCUUCGUGAAAGUCAUGCGUCUAUUUGUUAUCUGUGCAACUGUUGUUGAUUUCUAUGUCCCUUUCUCAAUCUUCACUUAUAGCAAACUGCAUGAGGAUAUUUAGUAUUUAGAAACUACAAGUGGAGUCUUUCAACAGUACUUGUUUGUAAUUUCUAUGUAGGAAGCACUUUUAUCAUGCAAAUCCCUUUAAAUGUACAAAUUUGUCACAUUUUCUAUAGAAAGUAUCUGGCUCUCAUUGGCAAUGUGCAAUUUCCUGGAAAUCAUCCAUUUUCCAAAGUUUCAGGUCACUUUUGUCCAACUAUGUGUAUACUACUCAAAAUUAGUUAAGGACCACCUGAUUCUUUCAUAUUACUAUAGGUAGUCUGUUAUGGCAUGACAGAUUAACUAUAGUUCUAUGAACGAAUAAGUUGAUUCUUAACUUUUCUCUGUAGUAUACAUUUGAUCCCAAAUUCAAGUUUUUACAUAUAAGUGUGUGGAUGAAUGAACCUGUUUAUAAUUAAAAUAUACAUAACUCCAAAUUUUACAUUUCUUUCACAGAUACAUCCAACAUUCAAAUUUUUUAUUUGAUUAAAUGAAUUUAUAUACAAUAUGUACAGCAGUUUACAACUUGUCCCCCUAAAUCAAUAUAUAAACCACAUUUUAUAUAAGUUGGAAUCAAAGUGGUUUCUCCCAUCUAAAGAGGGGGCUGUUGGGUAGCCCAGUGGUUAAAGCGUGUACUCGUCUCACCGAACUCCUGGGCUCAAUUCCCCACAUAGGUACAAUAUGUGAAGACAUUUCUGGUGUCCCCCGCCAUAAUAUUGCUGGAAUAAGUGGCAUAAAAACAUACUUGGUCACUCACUCAUCUAAAGAGAUACACCAACAAAAUUAAAUUUGUUUUACUGGACAAAAUGUAUUUUGAACAGAUCAACUUAUUUAUGUUCUGGAAAAGGGAUGAAAUUCACCAUGCAAGCCUAUGUGAGUAGGAGUAUUGUAUAUUUCCUACAUCUAACAUAUCUGUAUUUGUAUGUUGACGGUGUUAGUUAUCGAGGUUUGUGUGAUAGACUCGACGGCUUGUAUCCAGGCAUUUUGCACCAUACAAGGAUCUAACAUUCCUGUUUAUUUUAGAAGUAUUUAAUUUAUUUGCUACAGCAAGUCAGUGUCGGUUGUGUGUGUGUUCUGUGAUAAUCCAAACACGUUGAUCAUGUUUUAAUGUUUUACAUUUGUUGCUAACAAGCCUACCAUUUGUUUAAUAACCAACUUUCUGCUGCUAGAAACAAAAAUGUGAUUCAGUUAAUCAUAAUAUAAAUCAGUUAUCCCCAAAUAAAACUAUUCCUUAAAACCCUCACAUCAAAAGGGAACUCUCAAAAUAUUUUGUAUUGUCUAUUAUCAUAUUUUAAGCAUAUCAUGCAUAUUAAUGAUAAUACAGUACUAGGAUUGUACCUGUAAUAACCUGAUCUCUCCAGGUAUUCUAGUCACAGUACAGAUAGUUGUAGUUGUGUAAUCAUCGAUAGUUUUAUAGUUACCUUAGAUGUCAUUUAUUGUUACAUAAUAUAAGCACUUUAUAAAGUGUUACAGCUCUUAUUGCCAUAUAUUGUAUUCAUGAAUAAAACAGCCAAUUAAUGAUCAGAUGUUGUAGUCUGAAUUUACUUUGUGUCAACAUCAGCUCAGAACCGUUCGUUACAACGCAUUUCUGUUUUAGCUUGUCCAUGGGUCUCUGUUUUUCAAAUACUCAUCUAUAUUUGUGCAUAAAAACUGUUUUAUUUCAGUGUUUCACAGUUGUCGAUACAAUUUAGCUUGUAAUAGAAAAGUUAGUUAACCCUUUUUCUGCUAAAUUUGAUAUAUGUGAAUUUAUUGAUUUGUGUUAAACAAAUAUGUCACCUGAUGUAUUCUGGUGUAUUGCUUUACAAAAUGGUUCUUUUGUUGGGUAAAAUUCAAUGGCACAAAUUAAAUAAACUGAAAAAUUGCAAAUGUUUCACUUAUGGAAAAUGUCCUUCCACUGAGCCUGCUUUUGUGAUCGCAAAAUUAUUCCUGCCACUUUGAAUACACCUUCAUGAACUUUGGCAACACAGAAAGCUUUUCCAAAUAUUAACAACUUUUUCAACCCAAUUUGCCAAGAGGCAUGUUGUAUGUUGUUGUAUGAGAAUGUGUGUUAGGGAAUUGAAUGUCUUGAACAAACUGUUCUUCUUAACAAAACUAUCUUGUUUUAAUGAUGGUUGCACAGAUAAUUUGAAAAUCUAAGAUGCAUAAAAACAUAAAAACUUCCAAACCCUGGAACAAAUUUCAGAUAUAUUUUGGACGGUUUAGAGCAAUCCAGAUUUUUUAAAAGAAUUUUUAUUAAUAUUUUGACAUCAAUGUAAAAAACUGUAACUUAUGGCAUCUAUUUUCUCAUAACGCACAUUCCCAUGCGGUACUUGGCAGAGAAAGGGUUACUCUCAGUUGCAUUACCUUGCAUAUGUUGGAAAGUAGAUCUACCUAUAGGUAUGGCCUGCAGGUCUGAUGGCAUCAGAGUUGUGCUGAUAAUUACCCAUGCAAGUCACAACACAGGAGGAUGACAGAGGCUAAUAAAUAUAUUAUGCAA